CGCUACGAUUCUUUACAAACGAGCAUCCGAGUCGUUAGAUAUCAUGUAUGUGGCACCGACCAUUGUUCUUGUUGGCGUUUCAAUGUCUUCAUUUUUCUUUGGAGAUCAACUAUCUUCUCGUAUAGCAGUCGUCACUGGCUCCUUGACUCAGAUAAUUUUGCAGUGGGCGGGAGUAUACGGGAAACUACCUCCUGUUUCUAGUUUAUCACUUCUGGAUAUUUGGAUGUUAAGUAACCUGGUGUUUGUAGGAGCUGUGUUAUUUGUUAACGCGAUAAUAUACCACGCUGUCAUUAAAUCAAACAAGGCGAAACAAAAGAAAAGUAAGCAAGAUAGUCAAAAGAAGGGAGAGUAUGAACAUCUGGUUCGUCUGACAUUGAUUUGUAAAAUCAUGGUGACAGGGAAACCUGAUGAAACCAAUGAAAGCGAUUUAACCGCUGAAGACUGGAAGAAGAAGAUUAAAGAACUUGCUUAUCCUGAGAACACGUCGGACCAAAACAACCCUGAGAACCCGCCGGACAUAAACAGUGGAGGCAGACAACUGACGAAUCCUGAUGGAGCCAAUGAAAGCAGUUUAUCCCUUCAAGUAGAGUCUGAGAGAGUUCACAAGUUUUGUCGUAAACACGCUAACGCUAUUGCUUUCAUCUGUUCCGCAUUGGUCUACAUGGUAUUUCUCCUUGUAUUUAUUUUUGUUUUUUGGAAGAAAUAAACAACGGAGGAAAUGCUGAUGUCAGAAUCAGGAAGAAAUCAUACAUCUUAUACAUACAGUAGUGUUAAAACAAACCAUUGUGGUAAUGUUGUACCAAAAACAGAUUGUGUUUUCAAAACACAUGAGGAUAAAUGUAAUUAUAAAAAACGGUUAAACAAUAAUUGCGGUAGCAAAUAAUGACUAGAGCAUAUAUAUACAUCACAGACAUUUGGUUGUACAAAUGGCCAUACAACUGUAGAAUUAAAUAUGGCAUCUGAUUCAAGAUUAUGGCUCAGACAUAUGUCUUGAAAUGUCAUGAAGUUCGAAAUUCCAAUAAAAAUAAAGGAAAUGGGCCCAUAAUGACACUCGUCAAUUUUCGUAAGAUUACGUAAUCUCGUUAGGCAAAAAAAAACGGCAUUGUUCGUACGUAGUUCCAGUUCCACGCACACAUGGCUUUCCGUAAAAAGCCGGAGCAUGCCGAACUCGCAUAUGCAGAAUACGUAAUUUGCCGAUAGUAAUUACACGUCCAUUUCUUUAAUGUGUCGUCAGCUUUUAUGCUUUCAUACAAUUAUGAACGUAAACAUAUUUUUUUACAUGUGUGGUUUUUAUUUCCACUUCGUGUUAUUUAUGUCAAACUAUAACGUUUUGAGCAUAUUGAACUAUUGCAUUUCAUGUUCGAUUGAUUUCAAAGGACUGCAUAUGUAAGAAAUAUUUUUAAAAAAUAUAAAUAUGUUCAAUCACAAAUAUUUAUUUGAGUAACUUAUGUUAGAAAUUACUUAAAUAAUUUUAAAGAACAAGCAUAACUCUUAGACUAGUUCUGCCCAAAAGUUCUCAAGAAAUAGUUCGUUAUGGAAAAAAAACAACGUUUUAUCUACACCAUGGUCCAAACAUUUCAAAAUUAAUAUGAUCAGAAGUAAAAUGUGUUCAGUUUGAUUCACAUCUAAAUUAUCACAAACUACCGAUAAUGUAUAUAACACGUUUUGCUUUCUAGAUCAUACAGAUCAUAUAUUUUUUCAACUUUUUCCCUUUUUGAAAUGUGUGAAUGUUUUCUUUGGUAUUGAACACUGUGUAUGUACAUAAUGUAUUGUUAUGAUAUUUACAUCAAUAUAGUAUUACAACAAGCUUUAGUACAUGGUAAAGUCAAAACUUUGUUAAGACAUUCGUAUUUGUUAGAUAAAUGAAUAAUUCACUCCGCAAGCAUAUAACCUCUUCGUGUUGGUUCAUGGUUCUGCUAUACAUUAUUUCUUAAAUAAAUCAUUAUAUUUGAUUAGAUUCAUACAAGCCUGACUAGAACGCUAAUUAUCAGAGAUCUUAUCUUAUUAGGCAAAUGCUCAGCGAUAAAUAAAAAGCAAGGCCAAAGUCCAACAGGAAAAACUACAUUCAAGGAACACAGCCGCCAAUACUCAUUAAAUACAUUUUUUAUUAUAUAUAUAUACGUCAAUUCUUUAUAAGCUGUGGCUUGUAUUUCACAACUUAAUACGUACAGACAGAAAACAAAUUUCGUAUUUUUCUGAAAAUCUUGUAUUGUGCAUGUGGCCGUACUAUUUUCACUGAUAAUCAUACUGUUUGCUUUUUCAAUUUCUGUAAAUAGUGCACAUAAGAGUUUUAUCAUCUUUGCUACAAAACAGUAAACGGCUUGGCAAAAUUCACGAGAAUCAAAUGCAAUAUCUCAGCUGAAGCUGCUACAGUACUGCUGUAUAAAUUCUGACACAAAAGACAAUUGUUGAAAUAAUGAAAGCCUAGCUGAAGCGACUUCGUAGAAGAAAAAAAAUCACAACCUCUCUAAGAAAUUGCAGCUUUACAGUAUUUUUUUGUAUUCAAGAUGAACUUUAUAAAUUCACAGUUGAUUAAUAUAUCACUUAGGUUAUACACAACCCAUGUAUAAAUAUUUAUCGUCAUGUUUAUCUCUAUAUUUGGAUAUUUGAUUAUUAUACUUUUGUUUACAAUUUAAUUUCAUUUUUUGUUGCACUGUCUGAAAAAUCAUGAAUUAAGAACUAUGUACUUCUUUAUUUAAAAUUACAACAUAUAUGCCGGGCAAACACUAAAUUUAUAUAUUGAUUCUUACCUUAUUUUGUUACAAAAUAUUUUGAGUGGUUGGACAGAGUUUUAAUCUAUUGCCACUAAUAUCAAAUUACAUGUACAUAAAGGUUUGAUUUAAUUUUAUUCCACAUAUAAAUCAAACUGUGGACUGAUUUCUUGGGAGCAUAAUCAAGAUAUGGUCAAAACAAAACAUGACAUCUUGAUUUGUAAUGAAACUGGCAGCAGUUAAAUUGUGUAAAUGACAAUAUACGAUUUCUUUUGCAUCUGGACAAGACACUUUUAUGUGACCGCUCAUUGUCUUAAUUAGUUUAUUUCUUUUACAGUAUUUAAGUCUUGAUCAACUGUUCAAGAAAAUGAUUCUUUGUGACGUUUGGUAACGAGAGUAAAACAUUAUGUCUGGUAAUGGUUUACAGCAAUACGGUUUCAUCCAUUUAUGUCAUGACUAAAAUGUGUAACAUAUUGUCUGCCCAAGCACGCCUGGUAAACUACAGAGCUACCUCUAUGCGGUAUACGGUAAACUACUCUGUCGCAACGUCCGAGGUAGUGCGCGUCGCGAUAAAAGAACAUCAACAAAGGUGAGGAUUUAACUUUACAGAGAACCUUAAGUUAGAUCAUUCAUUCUUAAUUUGUGGUCGUGGUGAAGUAUACCAACAAGAUGAUUUAGCAGUGAAUUUGGCCAUUUCGUCAUAAGAAUAACUGUUAAAGGUGGUCAAUCACAUUUAAUCAACAUUUAAUGACAUUUUUUACUUUUUGUAUAUUCUGGUAGAGAAUUAUUUAAGGAACAAAAAGACCGAUUACAUAGAGUUAGAUUCCUAUUUGAAAUGUAUAUUUUAUCAUUUUUAUAAAAUUUUGUAAUUACUCCCCUUUAAUAUGAAAGUAUAUAAAAAGCUGGGUAUUUCUUUUUAUUUCGAUACAAUGUCUAGUUUUACAUUUGCAUUUGAUAGACAUAUCAACUAUUGAACAAUCUGAACCAAAAUGCAAGUUUUAAAGCUGUGUGUAGCUUCUGAAUUCAUUUAUUUCCAAUCUAUCUUGGUUGCGCAACCAAGAUAGGCAAAGGGAGGUAAUAAUAAUUUUUCAAACUUGCGUUUCUAAUGAAUUCCAUCUAAAUACAUAUUUUUUAAUGCAAAUAUUUUACAAAUAUAUUACAAUAUGUCUAAUAUUUAUACAUUUCCUUAGGCAAAGUAUGUUUAUCAAAUUUAUACUUAUGAUAAAAUAACUCUAUCUUGGUUGGGCAACCAGGAUAGGAAAAUGAAAUUUUAAAAAUACCUCCAGUGAAAAUCUAAUUUGUAUUAAGUGUUAAGUGAACAUAAAUGAGUGUAAAUGAUCAGAUGCUAAAGUUUCGAACAAAUCCGUUACAUGGCCAAAAUCUGAUUAUCUACCAUUAAUUGAAUUUUGAUUUGAUAUAUCAUGCCUUUUCCCAUUAAAUCUUAAAAUUAUUUAGUUUUACACGCUUGUAUCAUCUUAAUUUGCGUGAAUUAUAAGACCGAUGGGUUUGGUGCUUUCAAAUUGGCUCUUUCAGCCAAAUAGACGUUUUAUCUAUGUUUUGGUUUGAUACAAACUUGUACAAAAUGUUUAUCUUGAUGAUUCCUAUGCCAAGUUUGAAACUGGGUCAUGUGGGUCAAAACCUAGGCAACAUUCAUAUCUAAGGAAAACCUUGUUAACACUGUAGAGGCCACAUUUAUGAUCCUAUCUUCAUGAAACUAGGUCAGAGUGAUUAUGCUGAUGAUUCCAAUAACAAGUUUAACAGGUGAGCAAUAUAGGGUCAUGUGACCUUCUUGUUUAAAUUUUUAGUUAAUUUGGAAAUGGUUUAAAGAAAGAAAUAGCCUUUCUAUGCCUUCAGUUGCGCUUAGUGUUGCAUGCAUAUUUUAAUAUGUUUCUUUAAUUUGUUUUUAUUAGUAAACAUAUUCAUUUGUAAUUUGUGUAUAAUUAUGUGAAAUUAACAUAGUCUAAAUCUGUUUUUCUUUUUUCAAAUGUGAAUAUGUGUCAA